CAUCAUUUAUUUAAAUAAAUCGCAGACUGAGUGUUUACAAUGUGUUUCUUCAGAUUAUAUUCAUCGAUGUUUGAAUAAAGUUUUUCAAAGUAAAACGAACAUGGCCGCUUCCUUAGCGCGCUGCUUUUAGUGUCACCAAAUAAGUCCCUUUGGUUUUUGCUUAUAAAAGAAAUAAUAGAUGUGACGAUUUUUCCUCCAGCCAAAAGAUAUUUGCUCCAUCUGAAGUGAGGAUGAGCCGCUCCACCAGCCUCCUGCAGCAGAUGACCAUAUUUGUGACAGUAGUGACCGGCGGCGGCUGUGCUAUGAUGUAUUACCUCAUGCAGAAAAAUUUUGCAAAAUCAGAGCAUUAUCGUCUGGCCCUUGAACAGCUGAACAAUAAUUCCUCUGCCAUGGCCAGUCUGGGCGCUCCUCCUCUGAAGAUACACAACAUCCAUUUAUCUGACCGACACAACCGCAUUGACCACAGCAGCGCUCAGCUGAAGAUCCCAGUUACCGGGUCAAAGACUGGAGGUUAUCUCUACACUACUUCCACCAGAGACGCUAUCAUGAACAGAUGGCACCUCCAGCAAGUGUUCCUGAAGCUGAGGGAAGGCGAGAUCAUCGAGAUUUUCAACAAGAGAAAAUCUGAAGAGUAACUACACACAGAAACAUUUCAUCAAUGUUAAACAGACAACAAAUGCAAGUGGAGCCUUGGACUGUUAAUAGAUGAUUGACAGCCUGUUUUUUUUUUUAACUAAUGUGAUUAUGGCAUUCACAUAUAUUUGUCUACUUGAAAUGUUAAUAUAUUUGUUUGGGGUGUAUGGGAGCUGUGUCAUGUGAAGCAUUUUAUUUUGGGGCAGCUUGGACAGAUUUUGAUGUGUUUAGUAUUUUUUUGCUAUUUUAUGUGCUUCAUUAAA